AUGACAACGUGGAUUCGGAACCGAAUUCAAUUUCAAUUCAAUACAGAACUUGAAGAGAUAGCCAAGCAAAUUUCUUGGGCUAAUGAACAUUCGAAAUUUGACUACUCAAAAGAACUUUUAGCUGAGUUGUUAGAAAAGCUGAGGAAACGCAACAAAUUAAUUCGAAUUGCCGACAGCAGUCCCGGCGGCUGGGAUACAGUCAAAUCUUACGAGACAAACCCCAUAGCAAGCGACUCGGAUGACGAAGCAAAACUCAACAAGGCGGAGAAUCGUGCGCUUAAACGGAAACGUCCGAGCUCCAGGGGCGGCAAAGGACGCAAAUCGUACGAUAUUCCCUCUGGCUCUUCUGGUUAUCUUUCAUCUGUUAAACCAUGGGAAAUUCCCGCACACACAUUUCAGCCAGUGCAGUCUACAUUUCUCGGAGGUCAGCCCUUUCGUGGCGCCUACGCAGCGGGAAAAAACAUUUCCGGUUCAAAAUACACCGAACCGCCAGGACCAUGCUACUCGUGUGGAAACUUCGGGCAUUUCCGACGUGAUUGUCCAAGCACAGGCAUCGGGGCGACAUGGAAACAGCAGACGAGACCGAAUGAGACCGACUCUUUGAAAGAUGAGUAUAAUUUCGAUUAUCAGAGAUUUACUAGUGACUAUUUUGAGUACGAACAAGGUCAAAAGAGCAUUAUUGUUAAGGGUCGUUUAAGACAAAAUAUUCAAUUCUGGCGUUCUAUUGGAACGAAUCCAUACAUUUUGGAUGUGUUAGAAAAUGGUUAUAAAAUUCCAUUUUAUUCUUUGCCUCCCAGAACCUUUUUGAACAAUAACAGAUCUGCCACUUCCGAAUUUCAGUUUGUUUCUGAGGCAAUUCAAGAUUUAUUAGACCGGUAUCUCAUUGAAAAGUGUGCAGAUCCACCUUACAUUGUUAAUCCUUUAACAGUCUCAGAUAAUUCCAGCAAGAAAAGGCUUAUUUUAGAUUUGAGAGCUGUAAAUAAUCAUAUCUGGAAGCAGUCCGUCAAAUUUGAGGACUUAAGAAUAGCUUUGUCCUUUCUGAAGAAAGAUUUUCACAUGAUAAAAUUCGAUAUUACUAGUGCGUAUCAUUUCAUAGAGAUUUAUCCACCACAUACUGAUUAUUUGGGUUUUUCAUGGGUGGAUAAGGAAAACAAUGUCGUUUUUUACAAGUUCCUUGUGCUCCCCUUUGGUUUAAGCAGCGCGUGCUACUAUGCCCCAACGAUAACUUGA